AUGAGCUACCUAAAUCGAUUUGCUUCCAGAUCUAAGAAUGUUUCUGGUAAUGCGGAAAUCUCCCAAAGUUCAGUACUGUCGGGAUCAUCGACAAACCCCAACCCAAAAACAAACUCCGUGCCAAACAAAAACCUGAAUGGUGAUAACUCCCAAACAAAGACACCAUCAUCAAAUGACACCGGAAAUAAAGAGAAAUCUAAGUUAAAGGAUAAUGUUAAGAUAUUUGAUGAUAAUUUCUGGUCGUCCUUCAAACAAGAAAUCAUAAAGAAUGAUAAAUCUAAAGAUGGGGGUGAGAAGAAACAAUCUGGGUCAAAAGUAAUGGUUUUAAAGAACCUUUUUGAGAAACAAAAAACCACACUUUGCCCCAGCCAGGCCAAUGCUAGCUUGCUUUGUGAAUUUUCUAACAAGGACGUGACAAAAGCUUAUGAACUCAUACGGUACUUCAACAUUUGUGAGGAAGGUAGCUUAGUUUGUUCCAAGAAGACUAUGAAAACUGGGAAUAGAUCGAAGAUCACUCUUCUCGGUGCUGAAAAUUGGGGAAAUGUGAUGUGUUAUUUGGACUCCUUGUUAUUUCUGAUGUUUGCUAAACUCGAAAGUUUUGAGCCAUUGCUAAUGAGCUUUGCAAGCGAGGUGGAAGAGGAUGUGAAAGUACGGCGACUUCGCGCGAUUUUGCGAGUUUAUGUGAGUUUGUUACGCUCGGGCCAACUAAUAACGUUUGAUUUAACCAGACUUUUAUGCGAAUCACUUGCAGAGUGCGGAUUUCAGGAAGCAAUAUCUAGAAAGCAAGAAGAUAGUAGUCAGUUAUUUAUCUUUCUAACGGAAAUUUUACAGAUGCCGUUAUUGACAUUAAAGAUUGAUAUUGCACAUGGAGGCAAAGAAGUGGCACAGGACGAUCAUCGAUACGCAAAGGAAAGAAUGCUUUAUGUUUCUAUUCCCGAACCCGAAGAUAUGAAUGAUGAGGGAACUGUUAAAAGUGAGAGAGAACUAGAGGAGGAUCAAGAUGUGUCGAGUAAAGCAAAGGUCAAAGGAAAUGCCCAUAAACAAGAUCCUGAAACGGAAGCGAAACCUCAUAUUGAACACGAAGAAUCUGUGUUAUUGGAAGAGUGCCUUGAACAUUAUUUCAAUAACUCAAUCCACGUGAAGCGCCAACUUGAACGUCGCUUAUCAUUGAGAAGAGGUACCAUAACUCAACAAUUGGAGAGCUUACAAGAAAUCAAAGGAAGCUCAAAUGCUGGAAGUCAGGAAGAUCUUGAUAAACCAGUGGCUACAUAUAUAGAAGAAUUAGAGGAUCCUUGUGAAGCGAGCCACAAGGCAGUGGAGUUGGUCAAAGCCAAUAAUAUUAGUGAUGAUGAUGAUGAUGAUAAUGUUGAAGGAGAAGAUGACAAUAAUGGAAGCUUGCAGGGUUAUAAAAUGCUGGAAUUGGGAACUGUGACGUACGAAGGAGACGAUAAAGAGACAGACACUACACUAAUUAGCCCUACUACUAAAACUGUACCGGAGCUUCGAAGCUCAUUUGAUAAUUCCAAUAUGACGAGAAAUGCUAGAAGUCCUUCGCUAACCAAGGAUGCUAAUUAUCAUAUCACUACGCGGAGCCGCGCCAAUUCUGCAAUUUCAAUCUUUUCUGAAAACAAGUCGGGCGAGGUAAGCUUACCAGCAUGGAUGUUUUUACAACUCCUUCCGUUUUAUACCGACUUGGAGCCAAAUUCAGAAACUGAGCAAAGUUUUGCUGAGAAGCAUCCAAUUUUGCCAAUUUGUUUGAAACGCUACACUUUUGGUAAGAAUUCAAAGAAAAGCACCCAAAAAAUCAUUAUUCCUUCAUUUAUUGAUUUACCAAAUUUCAUUGCAGAAAACUCUGGGGAAACCGGUGGUGAUACGAAAGAAGCUGAUACCCUUGAAAAAUACGGUAAAUAUCGAUUAAUUUUAGAAAGUGCAGUUUGUCAUAGAGGUCAUUCAAUAAAUAGUGGACAUUAUGUCUCACUCGUCAGGGAUGAGGCAUUUGAUCCUAAUGCCACGGAAGAUGAAGAAGACAAUAGGAGAUGGUUAUUGUUUGAUGAUUUGUCAGAAGAUGGACGGGUCAAGCCAACAACAUUUAAGGAAGCUUUCUCCAAGGAAACCCCAUAUAUUUUAUUAUACAGAAUGGAUGUAUAUAUUCCAAAAAUUGUGACCUCAAUUGAAGAUGACGAUACGACUACGGAGGUAUCUGGAAAACUAGAUAAGUUACAAGUUAAGGAGAACCGAUUGGAUGGCAAUGGCAAUGAUGAUGCUGAUGAUGAUGAUGAAAAGUCAAAGAAACAAGUCGAUGAUGUUCUACAACCACCCGCCAAUGAUCGUAAAAAAUCAUCGAAUUCCACCAUAUCAAUGGAACAACAGCCAGUCGAUAAUAGUGAGCAUGAAUCAACUACCACAGGUGGUACCAAAAAGUCCCAUGAUUUGUUCAGCAAGAUGGUGUUUUACAAUUCGACUUAUCCAUACCCAAACAGUAGUGAUUACCUGGAUAUUAGAGAUAGAUUUUAUUGGAAAACGAAGACUGAAGAUGGUUUAUACAUAGAAGAUGAUGACAAGAAGGUUGGUUGUGCAGUGGCGGCUUUGGCAAAUGACGCCGGAACGCCACCUUACCCUAGUGGCAGUGCUGGAUACUUGACUUCUGAUAGUUCUUUCUCAUCAAGGCUUCAAAGCAAACGAAACAGUUGGAAUGAUAAUAGUUCGAAUAGGUCGAUAUAUUCUGAUAUGGAUUUGGAAAAAGAUGGCAAAGCAGACACCAAGGAAGGUGAUGGUGGUGGCGAGGAUAGUAUUUAUUCUUUCAAUGGGAACUUGAAAGUUGAAGAUCCUGAUGAUAACGACAAUGAAGAAGCUAAACUGAAGAAAGUUAAAAGAAUAAACAGCGGAGUGAGCUCUUUAUGGUCAAAGAAAAGAUUAUCCAUAAGAAGGAAAAGCAAAAACAGUGAUAUUAGCUCCACUUCCCAAGAAGAUUCUCAUUCAGACGCUGCUGCAAAACCAUCUUUAUAUUUACACCCUUCAAAAGAAAAACAAGAAGAAGGAGAACAAGAAGAAGAAAGGGAUGGAGAAGGACAACAAACACCAUCAUCAUCAUCAUUAUCUCAAAAUAUUGAUAGUAACUCCCGUCCGUUUUCCAAAGACUCUACGAAUUCUAAUGACACUGGAGUAAAACAAAAACAGGCUGAUAACAGUGAAACCAAAUCAUUAUCUCUACCAAAGGCUGAUGAAAAUAUGGAUCAAGGGCUUUUGAACCCACCGCCAAGCAGCUCGACGGCGCUUCAGUCUUCAAGAAGUAGCUACGAGAGUUCACGCAAAAUGCCGCCGUCAAUUGCGACAGAAGUUUCUGAAUCAGCCAGCAAUCUUAGAGGUACGCACCUGAAAUCUUCCAAGACGAAAUCUGGCUCAAAAGUUAGUAAAUAUAAAAGGAAAAACACUGAUAAAAUUAAAAGGGAGAAGUACCGAAAUGAAAAAUGUCUUAUAAUGUGA